AUGGACUCACAAGAGGAUAAACCCGGCCCAGCGUCUGCUGCAGCCGCCACCUCUCAGCAAGACGAAGCAAACAUUUCCAAAAUCGAAUCUCUGGUCCAGGCGCAAGACGACACCCAGCGAUUUGUGGGAUUAGCGCUUCUCAAGUCCGUCCUGGACAACUCCCCCGAGCUCCAGCAGAACCAUGGCGUUGUCCAAAGGCUAUGGGAUAGUCUCCCUGCCAAGUUCCUCGAUAGGCUUCUGCGCACAGGGUCAGAUCCAUCGAAGAAGGAUUCAAAAGAGAUGCUCGGUUUGGCUGUGUCUGUUUUGCACACAUUUGCCGUUUUUUUACCCGAAGGAGCAACGUCUCAGCCCAAGUUUACGGACAGGAUACCCAGGCUUGUUAGUGCUGUGUUGAAUGGAUCAGAAGAAACAGUAAAUAUGCUGUUACAGCUCCUCUAUACUCUUGUGAGCUGUCAAGAAGGUGCCAUGGCACUUGUGAGAAUAGACGACUUGAGCUCCAUCACCGAAAUUGCGCCAUCACACGCUAUUGCAAUGGACAUUCUACUACACGCUUGGCUAAAUGCCAUGGUUGUUGUCGACGACGCCUCCUAUCUAGCUAAUCAUAUAGAUCGCAAUGUGCAGUCUCUUGUAGCUUCAUUCCGAGGCACUGACGCCGUGACGCUUCUCGAGUUUCUGGGGCAGCUGCUGCGGCAAGCGAGCUCAGAGGUUAUCCCAGCAAAUCCCAAGUGGCUCGGUGCAGUCGUCAACUAUGUUCGAAAUCUUGUAACCAGUCGGCCAAACUCCGCAGCCCGGUCAGCCUACACAAACGCUGCCGCUUCUCUUCUUCGCGUCUAUCCCAGUGCAGCUUCAGAAUUAAUAUUCAAGGUUGAAAAAAGCGACGAAAAGCCAUUUUCCUAUUUAUUCGUCAACCUUCUUCUAAUUGAUAUCCGCUCUUCGGCACCCUUGUUGCUAGAGCAGCUCAACAAACCGGGAUACUCAAAUCUGUCUCGUCGACUCGCAUCUGCAUUUGACAUUAUAUGCAUCUUUAUCGGGCAUUUAGUCCGCUCGUUGGAAGAUGAGUCUCUAGAGAGUCUCGUCAUGUCGCCGGACAAUCUUCUUAAACUCCGCAAGGGCAUAUCGGAGACUAUGUCUGUAACCAUUGAAUACCUGCGUGACAGGUGGGAUGCUACAUACGCUGGUGCCAUGGGACUACAUCCAGACGCUCGAUCUGGGAAGACGGAGACUUCAAUGGGAUCUCGGCUUACCCUCACAUGGGACUCUUUGGAGAAUAUCGCAGAUGAAGACCCCUUUAUUCUUUCCGCUGUGAGGGCCCUCGCCCUGUGGCUGCGCGAAGACGAGAAUGACAUGUUGAGAAAAGAAGCUACUGGGUUGACGGAUAUGUUUAUGGAUCUGUACCGUGGCAGUGUGGCGGACAAGCUUGAUUUUCGAUCACCAACUUUGGUUGCCCUGGAAGCGUUGGUUCAGUUCGAAAAGGGCCGAAACAUUCUUCUUCAGCAUGAUGGCUGGAAGACGCUUAGCCAAGACCUGUGUGAAAUUCUCCGACAAAACAAUGCCUCUGCUUCCAACAUCAGCGAAAGUGAGACAUCUCGCGGCAUCGAAAUCAUCCGCGUUCUUCUCCAAGUGGCCGAGGAAAGCAACAGUACCAACGAGGAGUGGAUGGACCUCGUUACGGCGGUCGCAGCGUGGGACGUGUUUCUCCCGCCGCAGGAUUUCUCCCCUCCUCUAGUAGUCUUGGGGCUCCAGGUUGCAGCAUUGCAGCUGUGCUGCGCGUUGUUGAUUAAAGCGAGUAUUGGAAUGAGGAAGAGAUUUGCGCAUUCUGUUAGUGCGCUGGUGGGUAUUGCGACGCAGUUGGGAAAGGAAAUUCCCAGAGAGGGCGUUUUGAGAGAGGAUAUUGAAGAUGUGUUGGAGGUUCUGGGCAACUUGUCGCAAAGUAUAUAA